GCAAUAUAUAUUAUUGGUUAAUUGCUGCUGGAGUGACAGCUGGUUGCAUCAGCUCUGCUCUUUUAAUGUCGUUAAUGUUUUUAUUUAUUCUAUUUUCUUAGUCAAUUGAAGUACCUUGGGGCAACUUCAGCUGUCAUUUUUAAAGGUGCUUUAUGAAUAAACCUGGACUUAAUAAUAUAUAUUGACAAGGCGACAGGGAGAAAAGGCAUGGAAGGAAAAUAAAGUGAGCCAGGUAACAAGUCCUGAUAAUUGCUUUAAAAAAAAAAAAAAAGAAUAAUGAUGUCUCUGGCACAAGCCAAACAAACAAGCUACAGACCAAGCCCCCAUUUUAAAAUGAUGACAUCCUUGAACCGGUUUCCUUCUUUAUUUUCUUACUUCAACACACAACUAACAUGAACUCUUGAGGACACAACAAUAUCACUCUGAAAAAUGGCUUUUGAAGAGAUUCUACAGACCAUUGGAGGAUUUGGAAUUUUCCAGAAGCUCAUACUUUUUGGAUUAAGUAAUCCAAAUAUGUUUUUGAAUUCUGCUCUGUGUAGUUUUCUUUUCAUCCAGUCUGAUCCAGAGCGACAUUGUGACACGGACUGGAUCCUCCGGGCUGCUCCCAACCUGACGUUGGAGGAGCAGCUGAACCUGACCGUUCCUCUGGAGCAGGAUGGUUCUUUCAGCAGGUGUCACAUGUUCGAUCCAGUGGACUGGGACAUCGGGACCAUCAGGGACCGCGGACUCAAUGAGACCACGGUGUGCCAGAAUGGUUGGGUGUACUACGACACAACGUACCAGUCCACCAUUGUCACUGACUUUGAUCUGGUGUGUGACAGGUCCAACGUACCUGCACUGGUGAAGACAGUUUUCAUGGCUGGUAUUCUUGUUGGUUCUUUCGUCUUUGGACCGCUUGCUGAAUCAUUUGGUCGUCUGAGAACAACGCAGAUACCUGCCGUCCUCCUGAUGGUGUGCAGCUUUGUGGCCGGAGCGGCUCCAAAUAUCUACGUCUACAUUGUGGCGCAGUUCUUGGUUGCAGCUGCUCGCGCCGCAUUUAGAAUUAACUCCAAUGUAUUAGCUACAGAGUGGAUAGGAGUCACCAAAAGGUCCUAUGCCUCCUGUUUGAGUCAAGUGUUUUCUGCAGUUGGACAAUGUUUCAUGGCUGGACUGGUCUACGCCAUUCGUAACUGGAGAAUAGCUCAAUACGUGCUGGGAGCAGCUUAUUGCCCUCUGGUCCUCUACAUGUGGUGGAUUCCAGAAUCUGCCAGGUGGUUGUUGAGUCAAGGAAGAAUUGAAGAAGCAAAGAUGUUGAUUAAGAGAGUGGCUUCAAUAAAUAAACAGGAAGUCCCAGAGAAUGCUUUGGACGGCAUGUUAGAACAACAAGAGAAAAAAGUCAAAAGUGGAGCCAUGAAGAUCAUUUUUACCACAACAAAGCUGCUGAUUUACUUACUCAUCGUGUGUUUUGUCUGUUCUUCAGCAUUCUUAGGCUACUUUUGUAUUGCUCUCAAUGUGGGAACAUAUGGCCUUAACAUAUUCCUGGUUCAAUUCCUGUUUGGAAUCACGGAAAUACCCACACUUUUUCUCUGCAUCUGGUUUUUGGAGUUGUUGGGAAGAAAAAUGUCCCUAAUUUUAACUCCUCUGGCAGGCGGCCUGUUUUGUAUUCUCACCCUGGCUUUCUUUCAAGAUGAUGUUGUUGCUAUUAUUGCGCUUUUAACAACAGGGAAGUUAUUCUUGAACUGGACUAUUUCGGUGUGUAUGGUCUACUCUCAGGAGCUGUUUCCCACUUCAGUCAGGCAAACAGCUGUUGGCUUGAUGUCCAUGGCUGCGCGGCUAGCUGCUGUCCUCUCUCCACCAAUCAACAUGUUAGCCUUGUAUCACUGGUUCUUACCCAGCAUUGUCUUCGGCACCCUUGCAAUGCUUAGCGGAGCUCUGGGUUUCUUCCUUCCUGAAACCAGGGGCAAAGACCUACCGGAUUCUACCAGUGAGGUUGCGGUCAACAGUGUGAGCGGCUCUGAUCCAGAGACACGUUGUGACACGGACUGGAUCCUCAAGGCUGCUCCCAACCUGACGUUGGAGGAGCAGCUGAACCUGACCCUUCCUCUGGAGCAGGACGGUUCUUUCAGCAGGUGUCGCAUGUUCGAUCCAGUGGACUGGGACAUCGGAUCCAUCAGGGACCGCGGACUCAAUGAGACCACGGUGUGCCAGAAUGGUUGGGUGUACAACGACACGACGUACCAGUCCACCAUUGUCACUGACUUUGAUCUGGUGUGUGACAGGUCCAACAUACCUGCACUGGUGGAGACAGUUUUCAUGGCUGGUUGUCUUGUUGGUUCUUUCGUCUUUGGACCUCUUGCUGAAUCAUUUGGUCGUCUGAGAACAACGCAGGUACCUGCCGUGCUCCUGAUGGCGUGCAGCUUCAUGGUCGGAGCGGCUCCAAAUAUCUACGUUUACAUCGUGGCACAGUUCCUGGUUGGGGUUGGUUGCAGCGCAUAUCGAAUGAACUCCACUGUAUUAGGUAUGGCAUCCGACAUUCGGGGGCUUGAACUGGUGUACAACUUGAGUGUAAAAAAUGUCUUUAUAGUCACAGAGUGGAUAGGAGUCACCAAAAGGUCCUAUGCCUCCUGUUUGAGUCAAGUGUUUGCUGCAGCUGGACAAUGCUUCAUGGCUGGACUGGUCUACGCCAUUCGGAACUGGAGAAUAGCUCAAUACGUGCUGGGAGCAGCUUAUUGCCCUUUGCUCUUCUACAUGUGGUGGAUUCCAGAAUCUGCCAGGUGGUUGUUGAGUCGAGGGAGAAUUGAGGAAGCAAAGACGUUGAUCAUGAAAGUGGCCUCAAUAAAUAAACAGGAAGUCCCAGAGAAUACUUUGGACUGCAUGACAAUGGCCCCAGAUGCUCAGCCCCCUGGCAACCCCUCCCCUCACGUGGACUCCGAGGGGAAUGUCGCAAGACGUCAGGCCGCUACAGCACGCAAGCUGUGUGGGAAUUGUGGCUCUUCCGCCCACUCUACCCUUGCGCCAACUUGCUCAGCCACAGGACAGAGAUGCCAGCGCUGUGCUAAGAUGACCCACUUCUCUAAAGUGUACCGAUCUGACCCCCCUGCUAAUUCUCGGCCCAGCCCGUCCCAAGUGCCAAGCUCGGUGGGCUCCCACACAAAGCCGUUCAAAUGGUGUUUCCCACUCUGUCCCAACAUGAGUUUCGGAGAGAUUCUACGGCCCAUCGGAGAAUUUGGAAUUUUCCAGAAGGUUAUUCUUCUUGGGUUAACCUUUCCGAACGCAAUACUGCCAAUGUCUUUUUCCAGUUUUCUGUUCAUCCAGUCGGAUCCAGAGAGACAUUGUAACACGGACUGGAUCCUCAAAGCUGCUCCCAACCUGACGUUGGCGGAGCAGCUGAACCUGACCGUUCCUCUGGAGCCGGACGGUUCUUUCAGCAGGUGUCGCAUGUUCGAUCCAGUGGACUGGGACAUCGGGACCAUCGGGGAACGCGGACUAAACGAGACCACGGUGUGCCGGAAUGGUUGGGUGUACUACGACACGACAUAUAAGUCCACCAUUGUCACGGACUUUGACCUUGUCUGUGACAGAUCCAACAUGCCGGAUGUUGUGCAGACAAUCUUUAUGGCUGGUAUUCUCUUGGGUUCUAUCAUUUUUGGACCUCUUGCUGAAUCAUUCGGUCGUCAGAAAACAACGCAGAUACCGGCUGUGCUCAUGUUGGUGUGCACUCUCGUGUGCGCCGCAUCUCCAAAUAUCUACGUCUACAUUGUGGCACAGUUCCUGGUCGGCGCUGCCCUCGCAGGCUAUAGAAUCAACUCCACAGUAUUAGCUACCGAGUGGAUCGGGGUUACCAAAAGGUCAUUUGCCUCCUGUCUGAGCCAAAUGUUUACCGCCGUGGGACAAUGUUUCAUGGCCGGACUGUUCUACGUCAUUCUGGACUGGAGAUCAAUAGAAUACGUGGCCGCAGGAUUGCACGCCCUUGUCGUCCUCUACAUCUGGUGGAUUCCUGAAUCUGCAAGGUGGCUCCUGGGUCAGGGAAGACACGAGGAAGCCAAGAGGUUGAUCAGGAAAGUUGCGUCGAUAAAUAAGCAGCAAAUCCCGGAAAAUAUGCUGGACUCUUUGGGAUGCGAGGGAGGAGAAACUAAAACCGGAGCAAUGAAUGUCAUGUUGACCUCAAGAAUUCUACUGAAAUAUUUGUUCAUCAUAUGUUUUGCCGUGUUUUCACUCAAUCUGGGCUACUUCUGUCUUAUCCUCAAUGUGGGUGAGUUUGGCUUGAACAUCUUCCUGGUUCAAUUCAUCUUUGGAGUCUCAGAGAUACCCGCUCACCUUCUCUGCAUCUGGAUUUUGGAGUUAUUGGGAAGAAAAAUUUCUCUGAUUUUAACCCUUCUGUCUGGUGGAGUUUUUUGCCUCUUAACAUUGGCUUUCUCACAAGACAAUGCAGUUGUUAUCAUGGCUCUUGUAACCACAGGCAAGUUCUUCUUGAACGGGGCUGGUUCAGUUUGUAUGGUCUACUCUCAGGAGCUGUUUCCUACUUCUGUCAGGCAAACAGCUGUUGGCUUGGGCUCCAUUUCUAUGAGAGGAGCCGGCCUGCUCGCCCCACUGGCCAACAUGUUGGCCGUUUACACCUGGUCCCUACCCAUCAUUGUCUUCAGCACUCUUGCAGUGCUUAGUGGAACUCUGGUUUUUCUCCUUCCUGAAACCAAAAGCAAAGAACUGCCCGAUUCCACCAGCGAUGUUGAGGGAAAACGGAAUACGAUGGCCACAACAAAAGAAAGUGACUCAAGGAAGAUUGAACACAACAGCAGAAAAUCCACCAAACUUUAGUUUACAUAUUGUUGGUCUACAAACAUCACUGAAUAAACAAAGGACGG